GAGGGAGCACUCUACCGAGCGUUGGCGCUGACAAUCGGCGAUGACUCUCCUCAAAUUCUGCAUCUGAGUGUAGGAGAGCGAGAGGCUUGAACUUCCUGUGCAAUCUCAGUUCACCCGUUUUACAUAUACAGGAAGAUUUUCGGAGCUGCAAAGUGAGAGGGGAGUGUUUGGUAAUUUAAAGAGAAAUUCCCCCGUGCAUAAACUGUAAAUGCGGAUUGUUUACAUCAGUCGGUCGAGUCGGAGAAGCCAUUCCUUCUUUCCCUCCUCCCUUCGCACACUGUGGCGGUGGCGCGACUCCCCCUCACCGCAGAUAGUGUCAGUGGAGCUGGCCAUGGGGCCCUGAUACAGCCCGGGCCCUGACUGAGGUUCUGCGUUGCAUCAGAAAAGGAACAAUUAUUGAUGCACGAUUCACUUCCCUGACUACUGCAUCAACCAAGAGUGACUACAAGAGGAAAGAUAGAAGAUUUUGAACUGCAAUAUUAUUUCAAGAUAAUUGCAUGAUCUGAUAUUCGAGGGAGUGUGUUGAUGUGCUGACCAAAUUGAUCGAGAUUAUUAUGGCUGUUCUAAAACUCGUCGAACAGCCUCCUCUGGUCCAGGCCGUCUUCAAUGGAGACCCUGAGGAGAUACGCAUGCUCAUCUACAAAUCGGAAGACAUCAACGCUCUGGAUGCAGAGAAGCGCACCCCGCUCCAUGCUGCAGCCUUCCUGGGUGAUGCUGAGAUCACUGAGCUUCUUAUCCUCUCCGGGGCGCGGGUCAACGCCAAAGACAGUAUGUGGCUCACCCCUCUCCACCGUGCGGUGGCAUCCUGUAGUGAGGAGGCGGUUCGUGUGCUGAUCCGUCACUCUGCUGAUGUGAACGCGCGGGAUAAGAACUGGCAGACGCCGCUUCACGUUGCCGCUGCCAACAAGGCCCUGCGCUGCGCUGAGGUCAUCAUCCCGCUGCUGAGCAGCGUCAACGUGUCGGACCGUGGGGGGCGCACCGCCCUGCAUCACGCCGCCCUCAACGGGUACACCGAGAUGGUUAACCUGCUGCUGGCUAAGGGAGCCAACAUCAAUGCCUUCGAUAAGAAAGAUGGCCGCGCCUUGCACUGGGCGGCUUAUAUGGGACACCUGGAUGUAGUGUGUCUGCUUGUCAGCCAGGGGGCAGAGGUCAGCUGUAAGGACAAGCGGGGUUACACCCCCCUACACACGGCCGCUUCUAACGGUCAGAUCGCUGUGGUCAAACACCUGCUCAACCUGGCUGUGGAGAUAGAUGAGACCAAUGUGUUUGGUAACACGGCUCUGCACUUGGCCUGUUUCAACGGUCAGGAUGCUGUGGUCAGUGAGCUGAUAGACUACGGAGCUAACGUCAGCCAGCCCAACAACAAGGGUUUCACCCCCCUGCACUUCGCUGCAGCCUCCACCCACGGAGCCCUCUGUCUGGAGUUCCUGGUCAACAACGGGGCUGACGUCAACGUCCAGAGUCGGGAUGGGAAGAGCCCCCUCCACAUGACAGCGGUCCACGGCCGCUUCACUCGCUCUCAGACACUCAUCCAGAAUGGUGGGGAGAUUGACAGUGUGGACAAGGAAGGGAACACUCCUCUUCACAUUGCUGCUCGCUAUGGUCACGAGCUCCUCAUUAACACACUCAUCACCAGCGGAGCUGACUGCACAAGACGAGGGGUCCAUGGUAUGUUUCCUCUGCACCUGGCUGCUAUGAAUGCCCACUCAGACUGCUGCCAGAAGCUGCUCUCCUCAGGCUUCCAGAUCGACACCCCUGAUGCACUGGGGAGGACCUGUCUACACGCUGCCGGACCAUUCUCCACUUCCCCUAAUGUGGAGUGUGUGAAGUUGCUUCUGAGCAGCUGUGGGGACCACAACCGGAGGGACAAGUGUGGCAGGACCUCUCUCCACUAUGCGGCAGCCAGUCGUCACUACCAGUGCCUGGAGACCCUUGUGUCGUGUGGGACCUGCAUUAAUGCCACUGACCAGUGGGGGCGCUCUGCUCUGCACUACGCUGCUGCCUCCGACCUGGACAGAAGGCGACGUCAGGCUCUGGAGCCAGAGAGUGAAGGGGUGCAGGCAGAGAAGGAGAAAGAGGCUGCACUAUGUCUAGAAUUCCUUUUGCAAAGUGGUGCUACUGCCUCUCUGAAUGAUAAGCAGGGCUACAGUCCUGUCCACUAUGCUGCAGCCUAUGGCCACAGACACUGCCUGGAGCUGCUGUUGGACAGAGACGAGAGACACCAGGAGCCCCCAGACUUUCUGGGUGCCAGGAGCCCCCUGCACCUCGCUGCAUACCACGGCCAUGCACAGGCUCUGGAGGUGUUGCUGCAAGGGGAGAGGGAGGUAGACCAGGGGGACGAGGAAGGUCGUACUCCCCUGGCCCUAGCGGCCCUCAGGGGCCACACUGACUGCGUCCACACCCUUCUCAGCCAGGGGGCCUCGCCACGCACCACGGACACCAACAGGGGACGCACCCCGGUACACCUAGCAGUGAUGAAUGGUCAUACGUCGUGUGUACGCCUCCUUCUGGACGACCAGGAUAGUGCAGACCUGGUGGACACUACAGACUCUCAGGGACAGACUCCUCUGAUGCUUGCAGUGGCAGGGGGACAUGUGGAUGCUGUGUCUCUGCUGCUGGAGAGAGAGGCUGCUGUAGAUACAGCAGACAACCAUGGCCUGACUGCCCUGCACCUCGGGUUGCUGUGUGGUCAGGAGGAGUGUGUUCAGUGUCUGUUGGAGCAGGAGGCCUCUGUGUUGCUGGGGGACUCCAGGGGCCGAACAGCCCUCCAUCUGGCUGCAGCGAAGGGCCACGCAUCCUGGCUCGCUGAGCUGCUGAGUAUGGCCUGUUCUGAACUGCCCAUGCCCCCCCUCCGAGACCACCAGGGGUACACCCCCCUGCACUGGGCCUGCUACUAUGGUCACGAGGGCUGUGUGGAGGUACUGCUGGAGCAGAAAGGUUGUCCCUGUAUCGAUGGGAACCCCUUCACUCCUCUGCACUGUGCUGUGGUGAAUGAUCAUGAACCCUGUGCCUCACUACUGCUGGAAGCCAUGGGAUCAGACAUGGCCAGCUGUAAGGACGCUAAGGAUCGGACUCCACUCCAUGCUGCAGCGUUCUCUGGUCAUGUGGACUGUGUUCAGCUGCUUCUGGCCCAUGAUGCACCUGUGGAUGCUGUGGACCAAUCAGGGCGCAGUGCGCUGAUGAUGGCUGCAGAGAAGGGAAGAGUCGGGACUGUAGAGGUGCUGCUGACCAGUGCCAACGCCAGCCUGAGGUUGGUGGACCAGAAUGGUAACACCGCGCUCCACCUGGCCUGCAGUAGCGGAAAGGAGGACUGUGUACUAUUCAUCCUGGAGAGGCUGAAGGACACUGUUCUCAUAGGUUCCACCAACGCAGCACUGCAGACGCCCCUCCACCUAGCGGCCCAUAGCGGUCUGAAGCAGGCUGUCCAGGAGCUGCUGUCCAGGGGGGCCAGUGUUCAAACGUUGGAUGAGAACGGUUUGACCCCUGCUCUGGCUUGCGCUCCUAGCAGGGAGGUGGCUGACUGUCUGGCUCUCAUUCUGGCUACCAUGAUACCUUUCUGCUCCCCUUGCAGCUCCGGUGCGCCCUCCCCAGGUUCCCUCCUGAGAGCCCUACCCAGGGAGGGGAAAAGCUCCCACGGCCCUCGCAGCCCCAAGGCCCCCUCGGACCCCUCUAGCGAGGGCAGUGCCAGUCAGGGCGCCACUGAAAACGACUCGGACUCAGAAACCUUUUGACCCCUAUGACCCUGACUCUUAUCAGACUACCUGGAUGCCUGAAGAUCAGCACUCUCCCACCACCCGACCUCCCCUGAUUCCCUGCUCGUGUCCCAGAGCAGAACCUCUCCGUGGGGCUUGUACAGGACUCGUGUCCCAGAGCAGAACCUCUCCGUGGGGCUUGUACAGGACUUUGUUCCCCCUAAAGGCUGGAGGGAUGGAGCUUGACCCCUAACCUAACUGUGAUUCUGUCUGCUGGUGCUUCUUUUCCAGAUCACUCUUGGUACUGCGUCUCAGCUUGGCGAUCAAUAACAGGCUGAUACCUUUUUUUU